AUGACAUUGGAUGCUGGUAGACUGGCUAUCCUAGAUAUCAAUAAUAGAUCCGAUAUUUUGCCUGAAUAUAAACUUUCCAUGGAUGUAUGGGAUACGGAGUAUAAAACUUGGGUGACAACCAAAUCCUUCUUCGACGCUGUCACAACUGGACCUAUUAAAAUUGCCACCUUCGGUCCAUUGACUAGCAUUUGUGCGAAACCUGUUGCAUCGAUCGCUAAAUAUUGGAAUUUGAUAACGAUAGCUAGUGGAGUUUCAUCAGCUGCUCUAAUAAACAGAGCCACAUAUCCUCACUUUUUCACAACGGAAACUACGGAUAUUACCCUGAACCAAAUUAGAGUUGCCCUUUUAAAACGCUACAACUGGACCCGUGUUGCUACCAUCCAUUACAUUGAAGAAACUGACGAAACGUCUGCCAAAAACUUUAUUGCAGAUGCCAUUGCUCAAAAUAUCACAUUGGUUACUUCUGAAGCAUUUGUAACAGAUCCUGUCGCUCAGGUUAAAAGUAUUAAGGAAAAAGGUGCAAGAAUUAUUUUGCUUUUCGCUAGUACAGAAAACUCUAUUAGAGUUAUUUGUCAGGCCUAUCAUCAAGGUUUAUAUGGGCCUCAUUAUAUUUGGUUUAUUACAUAUGGGCAUAAUACGGAUUGGUGGAAAUCCAAUCUCGGACAAGGGAAUGUGAACUGCUCUAUCGCUGAAAUUGAACAAGUUUUAACAAACUAUUUUACUUUUAAUAAUAUCAAAUUGGGCCUUAAUCCAAACACAAUCUCUGGCAUGAAUUCAUCCCAAUACAUGGAGCACUACUACAGUUAUGUUCAACGGCCACCUUCACUUUAUAAGUAUUUUCAAAUAAAUGGUUAUGAUGCAAUGUGGGCAUUGGCAUUGGCUUUAAACAAAACUGAGAAUAUUCUUAAAGAAAGUGGAAGUACAUUAUCUGAUUUUCAUUAUAAAAAUAGCUUUAUAAGAAGUAUUUUAUUUAAUGAAAUGUCAAACACAAAUUUUAUUGGAAUUAGUGGACCAGUUCGUUUCACUGACGGAGCUCGAAUAACUGACGUUGGAAUUUACCAAUGCCAAAUCAAGAAUAAUCAGUCAAAAAUUGUCCAAGUUGGGACACAUUUUGGUCUCACAGAGAAAAUGAAUAUCAAAGAAGAUGAAAUUUAUUGGAUUAGUGGAGGUGUACCAGCAGAUCAAGUAAAAACCGAGGAUAGUAUUAUUGGAAUUUCAAGAGCAACUUUUCUUGCCAUGACUGUUCUGGCUGUAUUAGCUAUAAUUUGCGCUUCAAUUUUUCUUGUAAUAAAUAUUACUCACAGAAAACUCAGACAUAUCAAAAUGUCAAGUCCUACCAUCAACAAUCUAUUUCUUUUUGGCUGUAUCAUUUGUUAUAUUGCAGCGAUAACAUUCGGUAUCGAUUCCAACAGUGCCGGCGGGGUGUUUCCUCCUGCAAUAUGUGCAGUCAUUCGAGAUUAUCAGCUUAUCAUCAUGGUCAUUUUCUUGGUAAUAUUUGAUGUUAUUUACUUGACAAUUUGGGAAUUGAUCGAUCCAUUAACUAGCAAGCUGAGAUUUUUAAGAACUGAGGCUGCAAAAUUGAGGGUGAAAGCUGCUAACGUAACUAAUGGUAGCUUUGCUAGAAGAUACUCCAAAAACGAAUCAGUGGAAAAAUCAUUCAAGCGGUCUAAUAUUGAUGUUAAUGAUGGCUUUGUUGAUCAACUUAUUUCUCUUAUUAAAAACGAUGUAGACGCUCAGGCAAUUAUUACGAAGAUAAGGCAGAGGCGAAAUAACGCGCCAAUGAUCUUUAAAAGUUAA